AUGGAAUGGUUCGCCAGUCAGUUCGCUGAGCUUAACGCUGAGGCCAAAACCAAAGCCCCUCAAGUGGUGCUGAAGCCUAGGGGCAACUUGACCACUGUACAACCAUCGCAGCACAAGAAGCAGAACAAGAUAUCGAAGACAGAAUUUUCUCGCAUCUGUCUGAGGCACUCGCCGAGUUCAAGUCAAAGAGAGUGCCUGUCGCCGAGACGCUGGAGUGGUCUGGGACCCUAA